GAAAGUUGAACAGAAACUGCCUGUUCAGACAUAUGAAAGAUAUGGUGUCAAAGUUUCAGAAGCCUUUCCCAUGCUCUCUCUCUCUCUCUCUCUCUCUCUCUCUCUCCACAAAAAUAAGUAGACCAAAAAACUGAUUAUAGAAAAUUUCUUAUCCCCUCCCUUGAAAAUGCAAGAUAUUCAUGACUACUCGAUGACCGGAGGAGGAAGUACAGGGAGGUUUUACGGUGGCGGAGGAGGCGGAGAUCGGAGGAUGAGAGCGCAUCAGAACAAUAUACUUAACCAUCACCAAUCUCUCAAGUGUCCUCGUUGCAACUCUCUUAACACAAAGUUCUGCUACUACAACAACUACAAUCUCUCUCAGCCUCGACACUUCUGCAAGAACUGCCGUCGUUACUGGACCAAAGGCGGCGUCCUCCGUAACGUCCCCGUCGGAGGCGGUUGCCGGAAAGCCAAACGUUCAAAGUCUAAGCAGGAGCAGCCUCCGUCCUCCUCCGCCGACAAACCAACGACUCAAGACGUCGAGGAGAAAUCCACUAGCAGCGAGAGCUCUUCUCUUACCGCCUCUAACUCCACUGUCCCCACCGCCGUCACCACCACCACCACCACUACCGCCGCCGCCGUGAAGGUUGCACCUUCGGGGUUUGUAGACACCGACAUGCCUAAUCUUAAACUGUACGGAAACAGGACAGAAUGGUCGGGGUUGCUCGGGCAAGGUUCAUCAGACGGUGGAGCUUCCUCGGAGGUCGGCGGAUUUUCGGCGGCGGCGAUAGGACCGACGUCGUUUGGAUACGGGGGUAGUUCAGUAAAUCAACUGUGUAUAGCUGAUCAUCUGAAGUUGGAAGGUAAUACUGUACAGCAGCAGUUUGGAGAUCUAACGGCUCAGAUUGAUCCAGAGAUGAGAUAUAAACCGUUGGAUUGGGGAAGUGGUGGAGGAGAUCAAACACUAUUUGAUCUAACGACUACCGUUGAUCAUGAAUACUGGAGUCGAAGUCAAUGGAGGUCUUCUAACCACCAAGAUGAUCGGAAUGGUUUGGAUAACUUUUUCUUCGAUGGCGAACAUAAAGAUUUGGGGAAUUGUAAGGAAGAAGAACGAGAGAGCCGUGCCGUCGCGUGGUUAAAGCCACUAAACUACGAGUGACUGCGCAUGGGACCUACGUGUUAGUGUCUAAUCUCAUGCGCUACUUGCAUUCCACGAGGCUAGAACCAGGUCCCACUUCACGUGUCUUAAUGUUGAUGGCCGACGUACUUUAGUCAGUGGUCGGUUUGUCGUUUUCUCCAACACCCAAUCGUUGCUCGUAGAAGAAAGACUUCAAAGAUCUAGAGUACGGAUCUUCUGUGUUUAAGUUAAGAACACAUUUAAGUAAAAAAAAAAAGAAGUUAAGAACACAUUAAAGUGUGUAUACGCCGUGUGAUCUGAAUGGUGUCAGCGCAAAUCAAUGGUGAUGUUGAUGAGGGGUCCAUAUUAGGUAUGUAGGGAAACACUUGACAGAGAGUAGGUCCAGUAUAAGGCAUGUGCAUAAGCUGAUAGAAUCUCGUAUAAAUCAGUAAAUCACAGGGAAGGUUUGGUUGGGUGGUUAGCAGAGUUUGAGAUCGUCUGUGUUAGGUCUGGGCGUAUUUACCCCAAUCCAAACUCGAAGUACCUAUCUAAAAUCAAACUGAAAAAGUCGAAACCAAAUCCGAA